AUGAGGUCCCCCGACGACUGCACUCUGUCUAUCCCUCCCGAACUGCUUUCCCGGGUGUUCCAGCUCGCUCAACAUGUGCCGCUUGGGUCGGACUGGGGUGACCGGAAACGGCCCCUAGAAAUGGUCGUCUCGCAUGUCAGUGGGUUUUGGCGAGACGUCGCGCUAGGCACGGGACUACUUUGGCAGCAGAUUAGGGUCGAGCCGGAGUGCUCGAUGGACAGAUUGCGUUUAUAUCUUUCGCGCUCGGGCCCUCAGACUCCGCUGCACCUGCAUUUAAAUCUCACGCCCCGCGCGCCGCACGGGCCCGAAACUCUCGCAGAGAAGCUGGAUCUGGUGUUUCAGCACCUGCAUCGGUGGCAGCGGGUGACAGUCCACGCGCAGAUCGAGUGUGCGGAGGCCCCCUUCAUCGGGCGCCUGUACGACCAGGCGGCACCCAUGCUGGAGUGGCUGGGCCUUUGUGUCCAUGAUGUCGACGCGCCAACGCUCCGGACACUACGCCGCUCUGAUCUGGAGCAGAUCUUGACGCGUGGAUGUCCUCGACUGUCGGUUGUUCGCCUUCGCGGGCUGUCGAUGCACUUUUUCCGGCCCCCGCUGUCUACGAUAACGACUCUCCAUCUGGAACAGACCCGCGACAUCGUCUUGGGCUUCGAGGGGUUCAAGAAUCUCGUGAGCGCGGCGCCGAUGCUGACUCAUCUUUCCAUCCACGACAACAUUGUGAACGACCUGUACGAGGAGCGGUGGCCGUUCCAUCGCGUGAGCAGCGUUAUCGCACAUUCCCUGAUCUCGCUUCGGCUAUCCAUCCCGGCCACGCUGCAGGGUGUCUUCAGCGGUGUGCUCAUCACACUCGAUGCGCCUAAUCUAGCGACACUCAUCCUGAAGGAACCUACGCACGGGGACCUCGACGAAUUCAUCUCCAUGCCUGGAGCGUCCACGAAAUUCCCUGCUCUGCGCUCGCUGACGUUCUAUGACUUCGACUGCAAUUCGGUUGACGAUCUGUGCCAGCUUUGCGCCGUCUUUCCCCUAGUGGAGGAGUUCACACUGAUACACAACACGGUGGAAGUUCCGUCGGUCUUGCUGAUGCUGGCUGAUGAGGGGGGACGACAUCCGGAACCGUGGCCCGCGCUCAACGCUUUACACAUAACGCUGGACGCGAACGAUCUCCCCUUGGUUCGGGACGCGGUGGACCGCCGCCGGAAAGUCGGACGCCCCCUCGAGGUGCUGCGCCUGUCGCCGAGUAUAUUUGAAGACGCAGAGGAUGGGGAUCUGGAUGCGCAGGACGUCCUGGAUUGGCUGUGUGCCAAUGUUCGGGUGGUGGAGCCGCUCAUAUCGAUCGAACGAUGGCCACCGGGCAGUAACGAAGACGAUCCUGACGACACACUCUUCUCAUGA